UUUGCCUACAGAAUGCCAGUGGGAAAGGAAGGAAAUGUCUGGUGUUGGCACAAAUGCUGAGAGAUCCCACACAGCUGACAAAGAAGACAAACCCAAAAAUUCGAGCACAGAGAAGUCCAGAGGAGACAGUCUUAAUGAGAUUAGCCAGGACAAAGUGAAAGGUGAGAGGAGGGAUGAGCAGGUUCGCUCAGCUCAAUACACUGUAUCCAACAAAGCCCAGAUGCUCGCCAUGCCUCAGUUCGGCCUACGAGACAACCUCAUCAAGUGUGAACUCCUCAAGAAUGAGGAAGCCUACACAUACAUAGAGAACUUCACCUUUUUCCUGGGAACAUACAAUGUAAAUGGGCAGUCACCAAAGGAAUGCUUACGCCCAUGGCUGGCCUUCUCUCCUCAGCCUCCUGAUAUCUACUGUAUAGGGUUUCAGGAGCUAGACUUGAGUAAGGAGGCGUUCUUCUUCAACGACACACCCAGGGAACCUGAGUGGAUGAAGGCAGUUUCUGAAGGCCUUCACCCAGAUGCCAAGUAUGCCUUAGUAAAGGUGGUGCGACUGGUGGGGAUCAUGCUGCUCUUCUAUGUGAAGACGGAGCAUGCAGAGUACAUUUCUGAGGUGGAGGCUGAAACUGUGGGCACAGGCAUCAUGGGGAGAAUGGGUAAUAAAGGUGCCGUAGCAAUCCGUUUCAAGUUCCACAAUUCAGAUAUCUGUGUAGUGAACUCCCAUCUAGCAGCUCAUGUAGAGGAGUAUGAGAGACGCAAUCAAGACUACAAGGACAUCUGCAGCAGGUUGCUCUUCCGACAGCUUGAUCCUACGCUUCCGCCUUUUACCAUCAUGAAGCACGGCGUCGUCCUGUGGCUUGGUGAUUUAAAUUAUCGAAUAAGUGACCUAGAGGCUAACCAUGUGAAGGACCUAAUAAUAAAAAAAGAGUUUGAGACACUUCACAACUUCGACCAGCUAAAGAGGCAAAUGGAUGAGGAAGCUGUAUUUGUGGGUUUUGUGGAGGGAGAUAUUGAUUUCCAACCAACUUACAAGUAUGACACUGGCUCAGACGAAUGGGACACCAGUGAGAAGUGUCGAGUCCCAGCCUGGUGUGAUCGUAUAUUGUGGAGAGGAAAGAAUAUAACCCAGCUACAUUAUCAAAGUCAUAUGAAGAUAAAAACCAGUGAUCACAAACCUGUCAGCUCUAUGCUGGAGAUAGGGAUCAAAGUGGUGAAUGAGGAGAUCUAUAAAAGGACAUUUGAGGAUAUAGUACGGACUUUGGACAAGUUAGAAAAUGAGUGCAUUCCAUCAGUGUCUUUAUCUCAGAUAGAGUUCAACUUUAAGGACGUCAAGUUCAUGCAACACCAAGCACUGACUCUGACCCUGCACAACGAUGGACAAGUGCCAUGCCAAUUUGAGUUUAUUCAGAAGCUGGAUGAGCCUGCCUACUGCAAGCCCUGGCUCACAGCCAACCCACCCAAGGGCUUUGUGGCGCAAGGAGCAAGUACGGACAUCGACCUGGAGGUGUUUGUGAAUCGUUUUACGGCUCCUGAGUUAAACUCUGGCCAGCAAGAGCUUGAAGACAUUCUUGUGCUGCAUCUGGAAAGAGGAAAAGAUUACUUUAUCUCUGUCUCUGGCACAUACUUGCCUAGCUGCUUUGGCUCAUCCAUUUACACGCUCUGCCAGCUGAGAGAACCCAUCCAGGAGAUGCCCCGAGAGACAGUUUACAAACUGAACUCAUCACCACCCAGUGAGCUAAACAGUCCAGAAGCUGAGAAGAUGUUAGAUAUCCCAAAGGAAAUAUGGAUGAUGGUGGAUCAUCUUUACCGUAAUGCCAGCAAACAGGAAGAUCUCUUUCAGCAGCCAGGCCUACGCAGUGAAUUUGAGGAGAUUCGCGAUUGCUUAGACACAGGCACGCUCGACUCCCUCCCUGGAAGCAAUCACUCAGUGGGUGAAGCUCUGCUGCUGUUUCUGGAUGCUCUUCCUCAACCAGUGGUCCCAUUCUAUUUGUACCAGCAAUGUCUGGACUGUUGUUCAAACAGCAGCCAGUGUAAACAGAUUAUUUCCAUGCUACCUCAGUGCCAUAAAAAUGUUUUUAACUACUUAACAGCAUUUCUCCGUGAGUUGUUGAAGAACUCUGCACACAAUCACGUUGAUGUCAACAUUUUAGCCACAACAUUUUCUGCCUUAAUGAUUCGGCCCCCCACAAAACAGGACCAUUCAGAGAAAAGGAAAGCAAAGGAGUUUUUCCAGCAUUUUUUGGUUUAAGAAUUCCAGUGAUGUAUUAGAACUAUCAGCUUACUGUUCUGCAUAUUAUUGGAAGUUGUAGUUGUAACAUGUUCGUGUUACACUGUAGGAAUUUUGAUUCAGUGUAUUUUAGAAUAAUACUAACCAGCAUUAUUAAAUUUUAAAAAAGUUGAGGGGAAUCAGAUUUGCACAUUAUACACUUAUCUAUCAAUCAGCCAAUCAGUUUUUGUUCUUAAGUUGCACUGAUGCUAAAACAUUAACAGGUAGAACAGGCACAAUUUAACUUUUUCUUUAAUACACUGAUCAGCAAUAACAUUAAAACCACUUAUUUGUUUCUACACUCACUGUCCAUGUUAUCAGCUCCACUUACCAUAUUGAAGCAUUUUGUAGUUCUACAAUUACUGACUGUAGUCCAUCUGUUUUUCUGCAUGCUUUGUUAGCCCCCUUUCAUGCCGUUCUUCAAUGGUCAGGACCACCACAGAGCAGGUAUCAUAUAGGUGCUGGAUCAUUCUCAUCACUGCAGUGACAAUUACAUGGUGGUGGUGUGUUAGUGUGUGUUGUGCUGGUAUGAGUGGAUCAGACACAGCAGCGCUGCUGGAGUUUUUAAAUACCGUGUCCACUCACUGUCCACUCUAUUAAACAUUCCUACCCAGUUGGUCCACCUUGUAGUUGUAAAGUCAGAGACGAUCGCUCAUCUUUUGCUGAUGUUUGAGUUGGUCAUCUUCUAGACCUUCAUCAGUAGUCACAGGACGCUGCCCACAGGGCGCUGUUGGCUGGAUAUUUUUUGGUUGGUGGACUAUUCUCAGUCCAGCAGUGACAGUGAGGUGUUUAAAAACUCCAUCAGCGCUGCUGUGU